AUGCCUAAUACAGCGAACCCAUUGUAUUCGAAUUUGAAACCAUCUAGCAAAUCACUUCAAGUUCAAGUUGAAAUGCUGGAUUCUACUCGUCAGCAUUUCCAGAUUUCCUCGCGGUCUUCUGGGCAGGAUCUGUACCUAGCUUUAAUAGAUCGUUUGGGUAUUCUGGAGGCGGAUUAUUUCGAUCUCGAAUAUGUAAACAAGGAUGGUUAUACUUGUUGGCUUGAUCAUCUCAAACCCCUUUGUAAACAACACAAUGCUGAAAAGGAAUACAUAUUUGUUUUUUGUGUCAAAUUCUAUGCGCCGCAUCCUAAUCUCCUAGAGGAUGAAUACACUCGAUAUCUCGUUUCUCUACAAAUCAAACGUGAUCUCCAUCGCGGUCAGCUACAAUGCAGUGAAAAUACGGCUGCUCUCCUUGCUGCUUUUAUCGUUCAAGCCGAACUUGGAGACUUUCUUGAGGACACAUUUUUAGAUCAUGCCUACCUUGCUGGCCUGCGAUUGGUUCCCUCUGCAACUCCAGAAUUCUUGGACAAAGUUAUGGAGUGUCAUCGUAGUCUCAUUGGUCAGACACCAACUGAAGCCGAUUCAAGUCUUUUGGAUACAGCUAGAAAGGUCGAGAUGUAUGGAAUUAGACUCAAGCCUGUUCGGGUAAGUUCACUCCUCCGAUUUUAUCUAGCAUGA